UUUAAUUUUUUUAGUUUUUUAAAGCUUUUACGUAAAAACAAACUUGCAAAUCAUCUUGCAAAAGUUGUCUUUUUUUAAAAAAUGUCUAUAUUUUUAUACAAAUAUAAAAUGUAAUGUUUUGAUUUCACAAUUAUGACGAAGCGUGCAAAAAAUGAAGUUUUUAUACAUUUUUGAUUUUUAUAACUUGUGUUAUGACGGUCGGAACAUUUUUGCUUCUUGUUUUCGUUGGCCUAAUUUUAAUUGCAAACUAUUUGUUUAUACAUCAUAACAGAUUUAAAAAUUUAGAUUUACCAUAUCCAAUACCAAAAAAGAUGUUAACAAACUUUAUGACGCCUUCUUAUCAAAUGUUAUCAAACUUUAUGAUGCCCACCUAUCAAAUGUGCUGCAAUCCUUUAUUUUGUCCAAUGCAAGGAAAAUGGGUGCUACGUAAUGACAUGUCAUACAUUGAUUUUAACGAUGUCUUAAACACAAACAUAGAACUACGAACUCGAAAAGGUUUGCCGAAAGUUUUGACUCGCAAUGAUUUGAGAUGCGGUAGAAAAAAUCCUCUUUCGCGUACCCUUGUAUACAACAAAACACUCGGGCUAUACCCAGAUAUUGCUUCGCAAUGUGAUGGAUUUAGUGAAACACCUUGCUGUAAUGAUGAUUUUGGUUGGUGUGGCAAUGGACAAUUAUUUUGUUCAUGUGAAAAAUGUAUUGAUUAUUCUAGAAUUAUUUAUGCAGAACUUUAUACUUGGAUACACGCAAACAGGUGUCAGUAUUUUAAUUUUGAUAAAAACCAAAGCUGUACUUACUUUAAAAAUCAAUUUUCAUCGACGACAUUUAUUGGCGAUUCUUUAGUGAGGCACGUGUUUUCUUCAUUGUUACUCAGUUUGACGGGAGACCUAUUGUUUGGAGCUUUAAAAGUAACGUUAACUCAAAGUGAUUUACGUUUUUGUUCUGGUGAAAAUCAAUUUAUUGACAGUUCUUGUCAUGUAAAACUUGCAACAAAAUGGAGUGAAAUACAACAAAAUAAAAUGUAUUGUCCGUCGUUAAUUAGUAAACCAGAACUGUCGUUUGUGCAAGCGUAUAGUACAUUACAGUCACAAAUGGCUUUAGAGACAAUUAAGUUAAAGCUUAGUGAGCCACGCCCCCUUUUUAUAGUUGGAAUUGGCAUACAUGAUAAUUUUAACGCAGAAAAAGUCAUACAAUACUAUCUUGAUCCCAUUGUGCAACUAAUACGGCAAGCUUCUAACUCUAAACCUAUUCUUGUUUGGUUAAACUCUCAUUCUGCGGGACUUCUUAAACCUCUUAGCUUUCAAAUGACUCAAGGAAACGAACAAAUUCAAAAGUUCAACGAAGAACUUUAUAAAUAUUGUUUUCAAAACUCUAUUAUAGUAUUCGAUACAUUUAAUAUAACUAAAGGCGUGCAUAGUUUUGAUGGCACGCAUUACGGCAGCGCACUUAAUCAGCUGAAAGUAAAUCUUCUUAUUAAUGGAUUAUUAGCUGUUACAAACCAUGAAUAUUAGCUGUUAGAAACCAUGAUUAAAAAGUUAUUAUAUGUUAUAAACAUUUAUUAAUCAAAAAACAAACUUAAAAAUAA